UCUCCCAGCUACAUCCGAUACUCCCAGAUCUGUGCAAAAGCAGUGAGAGAUGCGCUGAAAACAGAGUUCAAAGCAAAUGCCGAGAAGACUGCUGGGAGCAGCAUAAAAAUUGUCAAAGCGAAAAAGGAAUAAUCUACCCCAACUACAGCUUGAGACGCUCCGUGUCCAAGGAGAAGAUGUGUGGGCACGUGUUAUGGCAGAUCGAAAAUGACCUCACUUCAUGGGGAAAAAAGUACAUGUCUCGUUCAUAGAUUGACAACGUCAAUAAAUUGAAGUAUGGUUCACGCA